AUGUCCGCAGCAGCAGGACUCUUGCCCUACCAACAACACAACUCCUAUAGUUCAUCAGGAAAUGCGGGUCCCAUCCAGUGCUAUCGAUGUGGAGAGACGUGUAAAGGAGAAGUAGUGAGGGUGCAAACCAACCACUUCCACAUCCGCUGCUUUACUUGUCAAGUUUGUGGCUGUGACCUUGCCAAGUCUGGCUUCUUCUUCAAGAAUGGAGAGUACAUUUGCACACGAGAUUACCAGCAGCUCUACGGAACUCGAUGUGAUAGCUGUCGAGAUUUCAUAACAGGAGAAGUUAUUUCAGCUCUCGGACGGACAUAUCAUCCCAAAUGUUUUGUGUGCAGCAUGUGCAGGAAACCUUUUCCAAUUGGAGACAAAGUGACAUUCAGAGGCAAAGACUGUAUUUGCCAGAACUGUUCCCUGUCUUUAGUCUCUGACAAGCCAAUCAAGAUCCAUGGACCAAGCCAUUGUGCAGGCUGCAAGGAAGAGAUUAAACACGGACAGUCAUUACUGGCUCUGGAAAAACAGUGGCACGUCAGUUGCUUCAAGUGUCAGACGUGCGGCAUCAUCCUAACUGGAGAAUACAUCAGCAAAGAUGGCGUACCUUAUUGUGAGACGGACUACCACUCUCAGUUUGGAAUUAAGUGUGAGACCUGCAACAAGUACAUCAGCGGCAGAGUCUUGGAGGCAGGAGGAAAGCACUAUCAUCCAACAUGUGCCCGCUGUGUACGCUGCCAGCAGAUGUUCUCAGAAGGAGAGGAGAUGUACCUGACAGGCUCUGAAGUGUGGCAUCCAAUCUGCAAGCAAGCAGCUCGGGCAGAGAAGAAGCUAAAGUACAGAAGAGCUUCUGAGACAUCAAUCUCCCCUCCGGGAUCCAGCAUUGGGUCUCCUAACCGGGUCAUUUGUGCUAAAGUAAACAAUGAGAUUCUAAAUUACAAGGAUUUAGCUGCUCUACCUAAGAUUAAAGCAAUCUACGCAGUGCAGCGCCCUGACCUCAUUUCUUACGAGCCUUAUAGCAGAUACACGUCGGAUGAGAUGCUGGAAAGAUACAGCUAUGGGGAGGAUAUCUAUGAAGGAAUGGAUCUGCGACAGAGAAGGUCAUCCAGCCCAGGAUAUAUUGAUUCUCCUCUUUAUAGUCAUCGAGAUGUUUCCCUCACCAUGCCUCGCUCCCCACAGCAUUACUACAUGUCGGGCACAGAGAGUGGCCGUAACUCCCCUUAUUAUAGCCAGGUAGAUGUUCGUUGCUCCACACCAACCCUUUACCAAGCUCCUCGGCACUUCCAUAUUCCAGCCGCUGCAGAGAGUAACAUUUAUCGAAAACCGCCCAUCUAUAAACGGCAUGUGUGCUGUGGUUUGGUACUUCCAGCCUGUAGAAAUGAUAUAAAUACAACGAAAAGUAAAACAAGUGAAGACCUUGUACAGUCCCCCAAGUACCUCCCCCCAUACAGUCCUGAUCCUUAUUACCAGUCUGAACCCGAGUAUUGGAUGUACUCACCAAAAAUGCCUCGAGCGCGGAGGUUCUCUUCAGGAGGAGAGGAAGAUGGUUUUGAUCGCAGCAUGCACAAGCUUCAGGGCAGCAUUGGAAGAUUGAUUCUAAAGGAGGAAAUGAAGGCUCGGUCGUAUAUUGACCCCUGGACACCGCCACGCAGUUCAGCGGGCAGCAAAGAGGCUUUACACACUGCUGGUUAUGAUGCUUCUCUUAAUGGAUCUCCCAAUAAGUGCUACCUGGCUGACAGUGAUCCCCUAAUCAACAAGUCUGCCUCACUCCCAGCAUACAGAAGGAAUGGCCUUCACAGGCCGCCAAGUGCGGAACUCUUCCACUAUGAUAGUGCCAAUGCAGUCAACUGGGGAAUGAGAGAGUACAAGAUCUAUCCGUAUGAAUUACUCAUGGUAACCACUAGAGGGAGGACCAGACUGCCUAAAGAUGCCGACAGGACUCGGCUGGAACGCCAUCUGUCAGCUGAAGAGUUUUAUCAGGUGUUUGGGAUGACUAUAGCAGAAUUUGACCGCCUGGCACUAUGGAAAAGGAACGAGCUUAAAAAACAAGCCAGGCUCUUCUAAUUCUAUCCACCACGUGCCUCAAUCUGUACACCUCUAUAAAUAUAUUUAUAAAUAUUAUAUAUAAAUAUAUAUAUAUGUAGAUCUUAUGUAUAACUAUUACACACAGUAUGUUUAUUGUAUUAUAGGAUAAUCUCCACGGGAAUACGUUUUAGGCCUUUCAGAAGUGGAAGGGACACUGACCUACUUCUAUGCAAUGGAUUGCAUUCCCUUUCACGGCUGACAGGGCUGUUCGGUGGAGAGAGAUAUUUUCAACUCUCGGUUAUAUUUUUUAAACGCUGUUUUUUAUGCGCCACUGUUUUGAAGAAUUUAGAGACUUCGGUAAACCUGCAUCUUUAACAUUGUUACAACGCAUUAUCGAAAUUGAGCCAUAUGGAUUUCCCAGAGUUCCCCUGUGGUGACCAAUUGGCAGACAGGUUAUACGUGUGCCAUGUGUGUCUAGCAGGACCCAGCGGUGUCACUGCAGGUUGUGUCAAAGUGAAGUGGGGAAACAGAUUGAGACUGUCGCAUUAUAGGACCAGAAUAGGAACUGCCUUUACCUGAAGUCAUGCAUCGUCUGUUCAGUAAAUAACUCCUACAGCAUCUACUUAAUGGAAUCACGACCU